AAAUUUACUGAACAGUACAAUAGUUCUCAUGACCAGGAAGUCGUAGAAAUUGUUCAUAGAAACAACUCCCGUACUUCAUACGUUCGCGUGUCAUUAGCUCACUGAAGGAAGGAGUCUUAAUUUGGUUCAUCUUUACAGGAAACUCAGCCGCGGAUUUCCUUAUAAAACUAGCCCGUCAUGAUCAUAUUCAUGCGUCAUUCCGUCGACGAUGGAGCUAAAGUUAGACCGCUAGUACUCCGGCCGGAUCUCAGCGAGGAGCUGCUAGCUGUCACUUGUCUCUGCAUCUGCCACUGAACUGUCUGUGACUGAUGCAUGUGCAUGAUGAUGAUCUGAUGAUACAAAACUAGUAAAGCUAAAGCUACGCAUUACGUGCUACGCAAUUUUGAUUCAUGGGCUGAAAUAUCAGGAUUAGAAUCAUGGAAAUUGAGAAGACCAACUUGAGAGUGAUUAAGAUAGAGAUCAUAGCGUUACCGCCCUCAUCAGAGGAACUAGGAUUCCAGCCUGGAGAGAGCUUGGAACAUGGCUGCAGAGUGGACAGUGGACAGGUAUGUGACAAGAUCAACAAGAGAGAAGAAAUACACAGAGAAAAAUGUUCAAAAAAUGGUUGGACAGGAGUUGCGGAUGCCAUAGAGACACAGAAGGCACAACCAACAGAAGAAGCAGAUGGGAAAACUAUCACAUCCAUAAAAGAAGAACCCUUGGAUAUUGACGACAUACAGUUCAUAGAAGAUGAGGAAACUAGACCCGAGACCCAAAACAAAUCCAUGGGUAUCAGAAAGGGUAUCAGAACCUCUGGAGUCCAGCCUUUUCACUGUUCACAUUGUGACAAGAGAUUUUCAUCCAAAGGCAACCAUAGCAAGCAUCUGAGAAAGAUGCAUUGUCAGUGUUCUCUCUGUAACCAAACAUUUCCAAUGACGAGACUCUGUUAAGACAUGUACAAAUUACCCACGGUAAACCCAAACCAUAUGAGUGUACUCAUUGUAAGAGUAAAUUUACCUGUAGAGGUAAUCUUAAUAA